AUGGCCCCAACUGAAGCACCCACAAAGGCUCCAACAACCACACCAUCCAAAACACCUACAGGAUCACCAAUUGCAGCUCCUACUAUAGGACCAACAAAAGCACCAGCAAGCACCACGACGCUGAUCCCAACAGUUUCUCCAGGCAGCCCCACAACGGCACCAACGAAGGCACCAACAGUUGUUCCGGGCAACCCAACCAAGGCACCCACAAUGGUGCCAACCAAGCUACCAACCAGAUCACCCGUGCCAAUUCCCACAGUUACUCCAGGCAGCCCUACCAAAGGACCUACUCAAGUACCAACAAUUACACCUGCAAAUUCACCAACAAAGGCACAAGCAGCAAUUCCAACAAUUUCCCCAGGCAAUCCUACCAAGCCACCCACCCAAGCACCAACUAAGUCACCGACAACAAUAUCAGUUCCGGUUCCAACAGUUACCCCAGGCAGCCCCACCAAAGCACCAACAAAGGCACCAUCAGCAAUCCCAACAGUUUCUCCAGGCAGCCCCACCAAAGCACCAACAAAUUGGCACAGUGAAUCUACGCCAACAGUUUCUCCAGGGAACUACCAAGACACCCACCCAAGCACCAACUAA